AUGGGGCGCACUAAACGCCCGGAGCAGCCCCAGACCCCAAGGCACCCCUCACAGGGCCCGCUGGACGGUUACCUGCAGCCGCAGACAGGAACGAGCGGAGACUCCGGGAGUCCCAAAAUGGCGGCACCAUCCACCUCAGGACCGACACUCGAUCGGAUUGAAAGCACCCUGCGGGACUUGGCAGCAGCCAUGGUCACGAAAACUGACCUCCAGGCUAACACUACUGCUAUCCAGGAAACCCUGCGGACGGAGAUUGCAGGGAUCCGCACGGAACUCGCAACGCAAGCAGGCCGCAUCACUGUGGUGGAGGAGGCGAACGCGGCCCUCACGACCCGCAUGGCAGCUACUGACACAGCAGUGGCAAGACAGGGCGAGAUGCUGCUCUCCAUGCGUCGGCACCUCGAAGAUGUGGACAAUAGGGGCAGGAGAUGCAAUAUACGUAUUCGUGGUGUGCCAGAAACAGAAGGGUCGGAAAAUGUAAUUGAAAUCCUUAUGGAACUCUUCCGCUCCCUAUUACACCCGACCCCGCUGCCAGAGAUAGAAUUUGAGCGUGCACAUAGGGCCCUGCGACCUCGCAAUGUGGAAGAAGGGCCGCGGGACCUAAUAUGCUGCCUACACUCCUUCCCAGUGAAGAAUACUAUUAUG